AAGAAGACAGUAAAAUAUGUUGGAGAACCAAUGACCCAUUUGGAGUCCAUUGCUUCAUCUGCUGUACGUGCCGCUAUUAAAGUUAAGGCUUCUGUCCUUAUCUGCUUCACUUCAUCUGGAAGAGCUGCCAGGCUAAUUGCAAAAUAUAGGCCUACGAUGCCUGUUAUAUCUGUGGUCAUUCCUCGGCUUAAGACAAACCAAUUAAGAUGGAGUUUCACUGGUGCUUUUGAGGCAAGACAAUCUCUCAUAGUGAGAGGUCUUUUCCCUAUGCUCGCUGACCCCCGACAUCCUGCUGAGUCCACUAGUGCCACCAAUGAAUCAGUUCUGAAGGUUGCGUUGGAAUAUGGUAAGGCCUCUGGUGUGAUCAAGACACAUGAUCGCGUUGUUGUUUGCCAAAAAGUGGGGGAUGCUUCAGUGGUGAAGAUCAUAGAGCUUGAAGAUUGAGCUCCCCUGAACUUUUCUUAGACUGCAAAAUUUUGUAUUUGGUAUCUAUAACUUAUGUUUGGCUGUUUUGUCAGCUUUUUGAGGUUAUUGCAAGGUUUUUUACAUGCUUUCAACUGGCCCCGUUUGCCAGCUAGUAAUACAUAAGAGACUAGAACUUGAUUGCAAUCAUUUGAGUCUCUAUUAAAGUUCUGCUGUCUGCACUGUAGGGUGCAGCAGGUUGAUCAUAAUCAUUAAAUUAUUUCUGAAACUAUCUUUAUGUAUGAAUUUUCUCCCUUGUUUUGUAUAUUAA